AUGGACAGCAGAGGACCGGUGGAUACGGUGGCGGCUAUAGCCAGCAACAACAACCGUCCAGUUACGGACAGCAACGGCAACAAGGUUACGGUGGUGGCUACGGUAAUGGUCAAGCGGCUUAUGGCGAGAAUCGGAAUGCGUAUGCGGGAAAUGGAUACAGCGGCCAGGGCCAAUAUUCCGGACCUCAAAAUGGUGCCGGAUUUAGCCGAAAUCAAUUUGCAGGAGCUG